AUGGAUGACCCUGAAAAUAUUUUAUAUAACCAGUGCAUUGGAAUUGAUAGACUUUGUAACGACUAUUCCUCAACAAUAGUGACGUACCUAACUAAAGGAAAGUAUUUAAAAAGAGGAAAGAAGGUGUAUCAUAAAGAUGUACCAUCAGAGAUCCCAAAUGUAUUGCCAGUUACUUUCUACACAAAGUACCCGAACCGCUACAAUGGAGUGUGCAAUCACCUUGUUCACGCCGCAUCAAAUCGCAAUAAGUUCCCAAACAUUUCACUAAAGUGGUUUCCCAACGGGAGGAUGUUGUUGGCAGGAACACAAGGUGGGAAGUUUAUCAUGUGGAACGGAAUAACAUUUCAAUUUGAUGAUAUAAAACGUUUUCCAGUGGGAACAGGUAGCGUAACCUGCUUUGAGUGGUCACCUUUUGGUGAUUUUUUAGUCGCAGGAGAUGAAUACGGAAAGUUGGCACUACUCUCACCAGCAUUGUCACUGUUAAACACUAACUUAUAUGAAGGGAUGAAUAAUGGUAUUUUGGAUUUAAGUCUGUCUCCAAACGGAAGUAAAUUCGUGGCAUGCUCAGAUACAUACUCUCCACAUAUAUUUGAUAUACAAACGACCACUUUGGAAGGCCUAUUAGUGGCAGAAAAUAUAGGAUCGACAUCGAUAAGCUGUUUACAGUGGAACCCGUACAAAAACCUGGUGGUAACAGGUAGUAGAACAAACAUAGUGACACUUUGGGACCCAAUGAAUAAAUCACAAAUUACAUCAAUUUAUGCACACAAAUCACCAAUUCAUAAAAUAUUAUGGAAUCCAAAUGGAAUUACAUUCCUAACAACAGCAUUAGAUGGACUAGUAAAGCUAUGGGAUGUGAGGAUACUAAAACCACUGUUGACAUACAAAAUUGGAGCUUCGAACCAGGAUGAGUCAGUUUAUCUAACAAAUGUCAAUAAUAUAAACCUGUUAAAGACUAGCAAAGCAGUGACAAUAGUAACUGCAAUGAGCUGGAACCCAGUACAAACGAAUGUAUUUGCAGUAGGCGAUAACAAAUCAAGACUCUUCCAUUUUACAACCGAUUUUACUGAACCAGUAUCAACAGUAGAUCUUAGAGUGACAGACGAGAAGACUCCAUCCACAACAUCAAUGGAUUUUCAUCCGUUUGGACACUUAUUGGCGACGUGUUCAGACGACAGAUACGUCCGGUUCUGGAGUCGUAGCAUCCUGGGAGGGUAUAACAGACUAUAUACACAAGAUUCCGACUUUGUCCUGGAUGAUAAAGUUAAACACGCGCCAUUCACAAGGUUUGACUUCAAAAAUGAUAUUGAUGUGGAAAGAAUACCUUCAAUGAAGAACACAGAUAAGUGAAGGUGUUUGAAAUUAUUUAUAAUUUAUUAAUAUCAAAUAAUUAUAUU